CUAAGCUGAUGCAACGUUUUGACAUUAGCCACAGCCUGAUAGCCACCUGCCAAAUUAUCUUGAAAUAUAACCAUUCACACACUAUAUUUAACGUUAUUUAGUGAUUAAUUCGAUACUCAAUCAUGGACGACGAUAUGGUAUUUGAUCCAUCUUUAAAGAAGAAGAAGAAAAAGAAGACCGGUUUCGAUUUAGACGCCGCUCUCGCAGGCGAGCAAGGUGAGAGCACGAGCGUGGAGGCGCCCGCUGGGACGGGUGACGUCGACUUGCCCGAGGAUGAUAACCUCGAUUUGGAUAAUUUUGGAAAGAAAAAGAAGAAGAAGAAGAAGGGAGUCUUCAAUAUGGAGGAACUCGAAAACACGUUACCGGAAACACCCCCGGCUGAAGAGCCGGAACAACAGGAGGACGAAGUUAUUGAUGACUUGGAUCUAGACAUUGACUUCUCAAAAACUAAAAAGAAGAAGAAGAAGAAAAACAUUGAGGAACUCGUCCUUGAAGAUGACAGUAAGGGAGAAGACCAAGAAAAUGUGGAAGAUGUCAGUGGUGACUUGUGGAGUGGCACGGACCGAGAUUACACGUACGACGAGCUCCUGGAGCGAGUUUUCGACAUCAUGCGUGAAAAGAAUCCGAGCAUGGUCUCUGGCAAGAAACAGAAAUUCAUCAUGAGACCUCCCCAAGUUGUCAGAAUUGGUACUAAGAAAACAUCCUUUGCCAAUUUCACAGAGAUCUGUAAAACUCUUCAUCGGCAGCCUAAACAUUUACUAGACUUUUUACUGGCUGAGUUGGGUACAAGUGGGUCUGUGGAUGGUAACAGUCAGCUUAUUAUUAAAGGUCGUUUCCAGCAGAAACAGAUAGAGAAUGUCCUUCGUCGGUAUAUCAAGGAAUAUGUUACUUGUCACACAUGCCGUUCCCCUGACACCAUCCUGCAGAAAGAUACUCGAUUAUUCUUCCUUCAGUGUGAAACAUGUGGUUCCCGUUGCUCUGUGGCCAGCAUCAAGUCUGGUUUCCAGGCUGUGACCGGAAAGCGUGCUGCCAUCCGUGCAAAGACUGCAUAGAGUAUUAGUGCUUAGUGAUAAACUAAUUAUACAGUCAUGGAUCUGGGGUACAUACAGUAAUAGUCCUAAUUUGUGUUAAUAUUCUCUUGAACAUGUCAGCUGUAAUCUGGUGCUGACAACAAUAACAAUAUUGUUGUGCAAUCAAAAGUAGGUAGACAUAAAUAAUAGAGGUACAUAAUACCUUGAAACCUUUGAUAAUUACACCUGAAGGUAUGGUGAACUAUUUUAAUGUUAACUGGACUUUUGUUUCUCCUAAUUUUGUGAAUUUGAAUGUAUUGUUUAUUGUAAAAAUAUUAGUGAUGUGCUCAAACAUUAGCAAUUGUUUUUAUUGGUUGCAAAGUGGUAUUGCCUGAAUGUACCCCAUUCUAACCCCUAUAUUUAUGUAUAGCUCACUUCUGUAUUAUUCUCAUUGAUACACAAUGGUUUUAUAAA